GAAACUAAGUGGGAAGUGGAGUGUGCGGGCUGUCAGAGGCGGGCGGUCCCCGCCGCGCCCCGCCUCCCCGCCUCCCCGCCUCUAGGCGCACUAGCGCCCGGCGCCCUCGCUCCGAGCGGCCGCUGGGCCGAGCCGCCCAGCCCCUGCCAGCUGCGCCCGACCGACAAAUAAGGAGCUCAGAGUCAGGCCAGGGUGGGAUGACGCUCAUUGAUGCCAAAGCACCUUUGACCUGCCAGGCAGAGGGGCCUUUGCUGGUGGUCUUUCUUGGUUUGUUCCGGAGAGGUCACCUGGCCACUGAGAAGUAACACAGCAGAAUGCCCCCUGGGGUUGACUGCCCCAUGGAAUUCUGGACCAAGGAGGAAAAUCAGAGCGUGGUGGUCGACUUCCUGCUGCCCACAGGGGUCUACCUGAACUUCCCUGUGUCCCGCAAUGCCAACCUCAGCACCAUCAAGCAGGUGCUGUGGCACCGCGCCCAGUACGAGCCGCUCUUCCACAUGCUCAGCGACCCCGAGGCCUACGUGUUCACCUGUGUCAACCAAACCGCGGAGCAGCAGGAGCUGGAGGACGAGCAGCGGCGGCUUUGCGACGUCCAGCCCUUCCUGCCGGUGCUGCGCCUGGUGGCCCGCGAGGGCGACCGCGUGAAAAAGCUCAUCAACUCGCAGAUCAGCCUCCUCAUCGGCAAAGGCCUGCACGAGUUCGACUCCCUGCGCGACCCCGAGGUCAGCGACUUCCGCGCCAAGAUGCGCCAGUUCUGCGAGGAGGCGGCGGCGCGCCGCCAGCAGCUGGGCUGGGAGGCCUGGCUGCAGUACAGCUUCCCGCUGCAGCUGGAGCCUUGCGCCAGGGGCGCGCGCGGCCCCAGCCGGGCCCUGCUGGUCAAUGUCAAGUUCGAGGGCAGCGAGGAGAGCUUCACCUUUCAGGUGUCCACCAAGGACAUGCCGCUAGCACUGAUGGCCUGCGCCCUCCGGAAGAAGGCCACGGUGUUCCGGCAGCUCCUGGAGGAGCAGCCCGAGGACUAUGCGCUGCAGGUGAACGGGAGGCACGAGUACCUCUAUGGCAGCUACCCGCUCUGCCAGUUCCAGUACAUCUGCAGCUGCCUGCACAGUGGGCUGACCCCCCACCUGACCAUGGUGCACUCCUCCUCCAUCCUCGCCAUGCGGGACGCGCAGAGCAACCCCACCACCCCGGUCCAGAAACCACGUGCCAAGCCGCCUCCCGUUCCUGUGAAGAAGCCAUCCUCUGUGUCCCUGUGGUCCCUGGAGCAGCCUUUCUGCCUCGAACUGAUCCAGGGCAGCAAAGUCAAUGCCGAUGAGCGGAUGAAGCUGGUGGUGCAGGCCGGGCUCUUCCACGGCAACGAGAUGCUGUGCAAGACAGUGUCCAGCUCAGAGGUGAGCGUGUGCUCGGAGCCCGUGUGGAGGCAGCGCCUGGAGUUCGACAUCAGCGUCUGUGACCUGCCGCGCAUGGCCCGACUCUGCUUCGCACUCUACGCGGUGGUGGAGAAGGCCAAGAAGGCGCGCUCCACCAAGAAGAAGUCCAAGAAGGCGGACUGCCCCAUUGCCUGGGCCAACCUCAUGCUGUUUGACUACAAGGACCAGCUCAAGACUGGAGAGCGCUGUCUCUACAUGUGGCCCUCUGUCCCAGAUGAGAAAGGAGAGUUGCUGAACCCCACGGGUACCGUGCGCAGCAAUCCCAACACCGAGAGUGCUGCCACCCUGGUCAUCUGCCUGCCCGAGGUGGCCCCCCAUCCUGUGUACUACCCUGCCCUGGAGAAGAUCCUGGAGCUGGGGCGUCAUGGGGAGCGUGGGCGUGCCACGGAGGAGGAGCAGCUGCAGCUGCGGGAAAUCCUGGAGCGGCGGGGGUCGGGGGAGCUGUAUGAGCACGAGAAGGACCUGGUGUGGAAGAUGCGCCACGAGGUGCAGGAGCACUUCCCAGAGGCCCUGGCCCGACUGCUGCUGGUCACCAAGUGGAACAAGCACGAGGAUGUGGCCCAGAUGCUCUACCUGCUGUGCUCCUGGCCCGAGCUGCCUGUCCUGAGUGCCCUGGAGCUGCUGGACUUCAGCUUCCCCGACUGCCACGUGGGCUCCUUCGCCAUCAAGUCCCUGCGGAAACUGACGGACGACGAGCUUUUCCAGUACCUGCUGCAGCUGGUGCAGGUGCUCAAGUACGAGUCCUACCUGGACUGCGAGCUGACCAAAUUCUUGCUGGACCGGGCCCUGGCCAACCGCAAGAUCGGCCACUUCCUUUUCUGGCACCUUCGCUCUGAGAUGCACGUGCCGUCGGUGGCCUUGCGCUUUGGCCUCAUCAUGGAGGCCUACUGCAGGGGCAGCACCCACCACAUGAAGGUGCUGAUGAAGCAGGGGGAAGCACUGAGCAAGCUGAAGGCGCUGAAUGACUUUGUGAAGUUGAGCUCCCAGAAGACCACCAAGCCCCAAACCAAGGAGCUGAUGCACUUGUGCAUGCGCCAGGAGACCUACUUGGAGGCCCUCUCGCACCUGCAGUCCCCACUGGACCCCAGCACGCUGCUGGCAGAAGUCUGUGUGGAGCAGUGCACCUUCAUGGACUCCAAGAUGAAGCCCCUGUGGAUCAUGUACAGCAGCGAGGAGGCAGGCAGUGCUGGCAGCGUGGGCAUCAUCUUCAAGAACGGGGAUGACCUCCGCCAGGACAUGCUGACCCUGCAGAUGAUCCAGCUCAUGGACGUCCUGUGGAAGCAGGAGGGCCUGGACCUAAGGAUGACCCCCUACGGCUGCCUUCCCACUGGUGACCGCACGGGCCUCAUCGAGGUGGUGCUGCACUCGGACACCAUUGCCAACAUCCAGCUGAACAAGAGCAACAUGGCAGCCACGGCCGCCUUCAACAAGGACGCCCUGCUCAACUGGCUCAAGUCCAAGAACCCCGGGGAGGCCCUGGAUCGAGCCAUUGAGGAGUUCACCCUCUCCUGUGCAGGCUACUGUGUGGCCACCUACGUGCUGGGCAUUGGUGACCGGCACAGCGACAACAUCAUGAUCCGUGAAAAUGGGCAGCUGUUCCACAUUGACUUUGGCCACUUUCUGGGGAAUUUCAAGACCAAGUUUGGAAUCAACCGGGAGCGAGUCCCAUUCAUCCUCACCUAUGACUUCGUCCAUGUGAUUCAGCAGGGCAAGACCAGUAACAGCGAGAAAUUCGAAAGGUUCCGGGGCUACUGCGAACGGGCCUACACCAUCCUGCGGCGCCACGGGCUCCUCUUCCUCCACCUCUUUGCUCUGAUGCGGGCAGCAGGCCUGCCUGAGCUCAGCUGCUCCAAAGACAUCCAGUAUUUGAAGGACUCACUGGCGCUAGGGAAGACGGAGGAGGAGGCGCUAAAGCACUUCCGGGUGAAGUUCAACGAAGCCCUGAGGGAGAGCUGGAAGACCAAGGUGAACUGGCUGGCACACAACGUGUCCAAGGACAACCGGCAAUAGCGGCCACCUCCCAGCCGCCACUCGCUGGCAAACCGUCCUGGGGCCAGAGCCCCUCGGUUGUCCUAGAAGGGGCCUAAAAGCCUGAACUGCACCUCAUGUUAAGAACCACACAACUGCCUUUUGUUUACACUGGUUAUUUAUUUAUGACUCGAAGCAUUUAAGGAACCAAGCAGCCAUAAAUGGAAAUGCAUCCUUGUGCAGAGGAGGGGCGCUGUCCCUGUGUCCCCAUCAGAGCACUGAGUCGGGCACCUUGAGGCCGUACCUUGCUCGUCUGAGGACUGGCAUCCCGUCUUCCAGCUGGUGGAUCUCGCCCAGCAGGACUGACCUCGUGGGGAGCCUUCUUCCCCGGCUCCCCGCCCAGCAGUUACCUGGUGCCUCCCGUCCAGACAGGACGCCUCAAUCCCCAGCUCACCUCCUGCCACCUGUGUGGCCCACCCUGCCUGUCCUCCAUUGACCAAGUCCCGGGCAGCUCCCGAAGAAGCCGGGGUACCUCUAGACUCAGGGAAGCUUGCUCGUCACUGCUGAAGUGACUCUCGGGUACCAGGUGCCCCCACCUCUUUUAUCUGCGGGUAAGAAAAUAAUAGCCAAACUAUUUACCGAACCUCUACAGCUGGGGUGGAGCCUGCCUCCCCCAAGGAUAGUACAAAACUAUGUGCUCGGCAGAGCUGGUCCUGGUCAAGGUGAAAGGUCAGA